UUAAUAUUUACUACUUUAAUUUCAUUUACGUAAUUAAAAUAUUAUAGACUUUAAUCGUAGUUUUUAACUUGAUUUUAUACAUUAAUUUAUAUGCAUACACGUACUAUAAUAUGACAAAUAAGGAAAACGAGUCUGAUGAUAUCAUAACAGUAGAAGCUGUUAAAGAUUUUCUUCUAAAAAAUAAUGGGAAAGUGAAACAGAGUGACCUUAUAAACGAAUUUCGAGUCCAUUUAAGUGCUCCAUCCACCAAAGUUCGAGCUCGUCAAGAAUUUAAAGAAAUUCUGCAGUUAAUUACAGCUGCAAAAACUGAAAAUGGAGAAAAGUAUAUCAUUCUUAUAAAACAAGCACAAGAACAUUUCCCUACGUCAGUAAUUAACAGGAAAGCUCAAAGACCUAUGCCAGCACGGAUUAGUCAUAUGAAGUCACGUUUUGAUUUUCUGCAUUUAGCUGAGCGAAGAACCUCUAAUACUCCAAGCGAUGAUGAAGAUUCUGUUUCUCAACAUAGCUCCAUUACAAUUCAAUCAGAUUCUGGUAUAUCUGAUCUGUCACGAGCAUCAGUAGCAUCAUCACAGAGCAGUUUGUCUUAUAGAAUGCAGUGCACACCAAGCAUGGAUUCAAUUAAUACUAUGCUAGUGGAAGAAGAAGUUGGUGAUCUUGAAGAUGAUAUUGGACUUAAUGAUGGUUUAGAUAUGCUUGCUGAAGAAAAGGAGUGGAUGCUGGCUGCAUGUCAUGGGAAUUUAAGCGGUCUUAGUUCACUUUUAAAAGCUCAUCCUAAGUUAAUUCACAAAAAAGAUUUUAUCAUGGUAUACAGCUCUUCAUUGGGCUGCUAAACUUGGUCGCCCAGAUAUGGUGAAGUAUGUUAUAUCUGAGGGUGGUGAUGUUAAUUGCAAAUCG